AUGGUCCAACCUCAAGCAGGACCAUCGACAGCAUUAGAGCUAGAGGACUACCUGUGUCCACUGACAACGAUUCGAGAUACACUUCUUCGUUCUGAUUCUUCAACCGUUUCCAUACCUAAACUCAGAGCAUUGCUAUCGUGGCACAAGAAGAGAUUAACAACACCAUGGACGCCUUUCUCCAAUCCUUCCUCAAAUUCCAGAUCAACAAUAUCCAAAUCAUCUUUCACCCUCCCUCAUUCAUCGGUAACUGUACAGGUUGAUGAGCCCACACGUUCACUCGCAUUGAGAUUGUCAGACAGAUUGGGAAUAGACGAAAUAUCAAGCUUCAUGUUAGUGAAAUCAUACCAAACAUUCAGCUUAGAUGAGGUCGAUCUGGAUAAAGCAGAAGCAGAAGAAAAGGAUCACAUACUAGAAAGGAUAAUACUAUGGUAUUCUGAAGAAGUUGUAGCUACACCUCAAAUCGUUUUAGCUAUACUGAAGAUCUCAGACGAUGAAGGAGAACUAGGUCAAUUAGCAAAUGAUGUAAGAAUCGAGGUGAUCGAUGAUACGUCAAAAUAUAUUGAAGGUGCCUUUAGAGCGUUUAGUAAUCUGGCUCAAAGAGACCUGCAUGACGGUGAGCGGGGUGUUCAUGCGCUUUUCUGGGUUACACAUCAAUUACGAUUACAAGAACAACUAGUGACAUUGUUGUUCGUCCUUUUAUACCAAACACCCAAUCGUUCAGCAGAGAUCUCCGAAGGACUUACAAGAGGGACUGUCAUGUCAUCAUUUGGCACAUCACAAGCUAAUCGAGAAAUAUGGGAAAAUGACAUGGAAUGUCAAAAAAUCAGUAUACGCAUAAGAGAUUUGAUACUAUUGAUUUCGUUAGAAGCUUUGUGUCUAAGUCAAGUCGUAUCUCCAUCUGAACCAAUUGAAGAAAUAGACGGAACGCUUUUACAGAAUAAACAGAAAGUUUUAUCGGUACACGAAUUCUUAGCAGAUUAUUCAAGUGAUUUGGCUCCUCAUUAUCCUGAAUACGAACCUGGAGCAGUACCCCUUCCUAUUUGGCCAAUGUCGAUCAUCUGCUUAGCAUGGGCAAUCAUCAUUAGAUCGUUACCGAGUGAUAUAGCUCCUGCGGGUGGGGAUGGUGUGAUAACUUGGCAGGAUAUGGCUAUUAGGGCUCUUAGAUUACCAUCAGGUCUGUUCCCUUGGUUGGAGGUCAUACUAUCUGGACCACUAUUAGGCUCCACAAGAGAUAUACCGGGAGAUAUAGCUACAGGCUCGGGUCUGUUCCAGAGAAAAGUGCUCAAGGAUCUGCUGAUUGGCCUUUCUGAACUUGUACAACUGGAAAGUAUCGCCGAUAGACCGGGUUUAUAUCGAGCUUGGGAGCUUGUCUUUGGCGAAGGCUCAAAGUCCACAUCUUCCCUCCUCGCCGCUGAUUACUGGAUUGCGGAUUUCCCCUACGACGAGAGACGAUCAAUACUUGAUCGCAGUCAAUUUCCUUAUCAGCCGGCUCAUCUCCCUCGACUACUAUCUUCACUGGUAGGGUCAGGAUCAUCGGAAACAUCGUCAGACGUAUUCGGUACCGACCCAGCGGCGCAGGUACAACAUUACUUCUCCAAUCUGCCUACUAUAACUCACACUGUCGAAUCGUCAUGGUGCAAGUAUCUUGGCAAAGACGAUAUGGGGAAGGAAUCAGUCGAAGCGGUAAAAACUCUGAUAUUACCUGGAGGUGCGAGCAUACCUCGAGGGUCAAAAGGCUUCAUCAUAGCAACCAAAACUUUAACUCAAGUCAUGUGGACGAACCAAAUCAUCUCUGGAUGGUCAUUACUCCUUGAAAUCCUUCAAGCCGCCGCUGGACUGAAAUCUGCUGAUGAGCGAUCACCUGCAAAUGGUUCUCAUCCACCAGAUAGUAUCUAUCUAUCCGUGAGAGACCUCGACAUGCAGCUCGACACAUCCGAGAUACUGGCAGCCGGCAUUAAAUUCUUCCAUUCAGUCCUGCAAUCAUCAUCAUAUAUCAAAGCGACGAUACUCACUCAGCUCAAUCCCGACCAUCACCUUACAUCUGGUCAAUCUCUUCUACAUCUCGCUCUUACUGUCCUUCAACACAGCAAAACAACUGAGUUCACUUUAGAAUCGUCAGUCGUGUCUGAUGCGGUCAACAUUAUACAAUCUUUAAUCACCGCUCCGGAAAGCAACAUAUGGCCCGCUUUGAGGUCUUCCGGCUUCUUCGACGCCGGUGGUAAGAAACGAGGAAGUGUUGCUGGUCUGAUUCAAGCGGACUCUGUGAAAGGUGAACAUGUGCUUACAGCAUCAGUGUUGAGUUUGGUUUACACGCUUGUCAUCAAUGCCGACCAUAUACCAGAUUCGGAUAUAGUGAUUUUGCGAUCAGCAUUGCACCUGGUAUUCGCGGAUAUAUGGAACAACUUCUCUGCUUGGAGAUAUAAAGACGUGGCCAAGAAGUACGAAUUGUCUUCCCUUCUUGUCGGUAUAUUUGACACCGUCCUCAGUCAUCCUUUAUCGUCUGAUGGAAGUGGACCUACACCUGCCGCUCAGGUAUUGAUUGACCUAUUCAUCACGUCCACUUCACCCUUGACGUACCGCCCACUAGUAGAUGCUAUCACCCAAGCUAGCUAUUUGAUCCCUCGCCUGAUCGGAUCCAGACGACACGUAGAUGCGGAAAUGGUAGUACAAUGUCUGGACGAAACACUGUUGUUUAUGGGAACAUUGUUCCGCAUAUCCUCGAUGAUUGGUACUUCCGCUACUGCUUUACCAAAAUCACUUUUCGCUCUCCCAAUCGCAAUUCCUUCCGGUGAUAAGAUCCAGCUUGUCGAUGCGCUUUUCGAUAUCUCUCUUUCGCCUUCUGCUCAAACAAGCAAUGUUACCAACAUCCUAAAGACUCUUCGAGUAUAUCUUGAAACAAUCGGUCAAGACUCCCAUCGACCUUCCUUGGCGAGUAUGCUUCGCAGCCCCUCGAGAACAUGUGAAAGUCUCUCAGACCUUGCCACGAAGAUGAAUGAUUUAGAUGUUCGGGCAGCAGUAUGGGAUUUACUCUCAACGAUGGUCUCCACUCAACCUGGAUGCGUACAAGCGUGUAUUGGGUCGGUAAAUGCCGAUGGAAUGGAAGGGACGCUCAAAGUCGCCGUUGAUGAGAUCACAUCGUGGGAAGUAUCAUUCCGAGAAUCUCCUCAUACUCUUUCAGCUGUGCUCAACUAUCUUCAAUCAAUAAUGAGAGCUGCUGGAGCAGAUAAAGCCAUUACUCAUUUACGCAAAGAUUCCGAUUUUUGGCAAUCCAUAUUCGAUUUAUCAACAAGGAUUGUACCCGCCCCACCAUCUUUCUCGCUUUCGAUGCAUGCAGACGACUUCACCUCCAGAAUCCAACGAUACGCUUAUUCCGUCCAGGCAAAAGCAAAUGCUACCUCCCUUUUAGCAUCGGAAUUGGCUUAUGCCUUAGAUAAUGACGAUGAUGACCUACCUGAGACUAAAGCUAGAAUGUUGGUUUUAUCUUUAUUCAGGAACAAUUCGGCUCUUCAGGAAGCCAGUUUAAUGGCAAGUCAUAACAGUUGCGUCCCUGAAUUGCACGCAGAUCAAGGGAAAAGAAUCACAGCCAAUGGUGGUAAUCUAGUAAGACUGAAGACUAUCAAGCUGAACUCCGAAAGAGAAUAUGGAAGAGCAUAUUUAUACGAUGGUACUGUUGUCGUGCAAAGUUCAGCGACACAACAAUCAACAGUCAAUCUUGCCCUUGACCUAUUGAACCUCAAUUGGUCAAUGCUCGAUGCCGAUAUAUCCCUUACUCGAUCAUUCCGUCAAUUGGCAGAAGCAAUAUCUUCCUGGACCGAAGGCGAUAGCCUUGCCACCAAUGCGGCUCUCAAAGCUGGUGUAUCUAUCUCUGAAGUCAUUUCAGAGGAAUAUCGCGGAGGUGAUGUGAUGUUCGCUGUUCAAGUGGAGCGACUGUCUAUCUUGGCUGUCGUCCUGGAAACUGCUCUGGAUGUUCAAGAAGAGAAACAACCUAAUCCUGAAUUCGUACAACAACUUGCUUCUUCAAUGGUCGUUAUCGUAAAUAGCCAGUCAUUCCCACCGGUGGUAUCAUUGAGACAUCCCGACCUUCCAGCAAUUCAUCAACCUGUCCUUCGGAUAUUAUACCUAUUGCUUCAAGCCAUGUCAAACUCCGAAGCUACCACGUCAAACGUCACUUCUCGCGAAUCACUAGUCGAUGCAGGGACGAUAUUCGCCCUCGAAUCUGCUGAUGUAGUCUUCGACAUAAUCAACCGCGGAAUAAGAUCUACUUUCUCCGGAAAUCUCAGUAUGAUCAUCGAAGUCUUGUGUGAACUCAGCAAGUUGUCCUCAACGACAGGAAAUGCAGCAUGGUUGGACAAAGUUCAAGGCUUCAAUGUGAUUGGAAGGUCUCUAGAGGUUUUGAUUCGAGCAAGAAUAGUGAACGAUCAACUACCAAUACAUCUUUCAAGUGUCUUGUUGCUACAUCUAUCGCUAGCUGGGAAUCCAACAACAGCAGAAAAGUUGGCUGUAUUAGGUAUAUUACCUGGAUAUUCAGAUAACGCCAUUGUGGUCCAAGCUGAACACGGAAAAAUCAUUUCACCUAAUUCGUUUGGCAAUUCAACACAUGAUAUCUGGUGUGGAAUGCUGUUGGUCGUCAAGACUCUCUUAUCGACUUUACCCGAUACGUUUUCAUUCACCAAGACAGAUGUUAUCCCAUUCAUAAGAGUGGUAAAUCGACAAAUGUUGAAAUCAAUGUCAUGGGAUGGCGAAACUCCCUUAUCUCUACCUGCUUUAACGGAACUUGAAUUAGUGUUAGACGUCUUUUAUGGGAUUGUGAACGCUUUAGGUCCAGGCUGUUUAGCUGAUUAUCAAGGUCAAGCAAUCAAUCUACUGAAAUCAACUAGAUAUGCUCUAUCACAUCCUAGAUUAUUAUCAACGUUAUAUAUACCUUCUUCGGAAGAAGAAAAGUUUAAUUUGGACAAAGAAAUACAAACGUUAGAAGAAGAAGGUGAAAUCAAUUUGUUUGAUUACGACAAAACCCCGAUCUUAGCUGGUAGAUCAACCGCUUUAUUAAGGAUUAUAAGAACGAUCAUCUUGACUUUAGUAGGAUUGACUCGAUCAUGGCAAACUUUGAAAGAAGAUAACUUGGAUCCGAUCGAAAUUGAUAAAUAUAUCUUGAUUUCAGAUGAAGACGACUCAACUUCUUCUUCUGAUCCGAUCGGAAUUUUCAAUGAUAUAUACUUGAUCACCUCUACUAUCUCAGAUAGAUUGCCUGCCAAAUCGACAAACAACAACAACAACAGAGAAAUAGAGGAAAUCUCUUCACUCAGGAACCUUACAACUCAGUUACUAGAAUCGACAUCAUUAUUGUCUUUGACUCAAAUAUUACUUCGUCAGUCACUCUUACCUCCAGAUGAGAAACACGAUGAAUCCAUGGAAAUUGAUAUACCUUCGAACAAAUCAAGGAGGAUAUCAGGAGGAUCAGGCGGAAGUAGAGAAGGAAUGAUCUUAAGAGAAUUACAAAGUGAUUUUAAAUCAAUGAUGGGUAACGAAUCUGGUAUGAGAGGAGUAUUGAAACGAUGGGCGGAGAAAUCUUUUGGAGGGGAUAAUUGA